AUGCGUCUCAUAUCCACCGCUGAUCUCACGCUGCACACAUUUCCCGACAACGCGAUUCCUCGAUACUCGAUACUUUCCCACACGUGGGGCGACGAGGAGGUGCUCUUCCACGAAAUGCUGAAACCGACCGAAGAAAUACGAGGCCGGUCGGGGUACAAGAAGAUCCAGAGAUGCGCCGAGAUCAGCAGAGAGGUCUGGAAUUGUGGCUUCACCUGGGUCGACACAUGCUGCAUCGACAAGACGAGCAGCUCCGAGUUGUCUGAAUCGAUCAACUCCAUGUACGUUUGGUAUCGUGACGCUUACAUAUGCUUCGCAUACCUGGAAGACUUCCACGGCGAACACAUCUGCGACGUGUUGCAAGAGACACGGUGGUUUAACAGAGGCUGGACGCUGCAAGAGUUACUUGCCCCCGAAGAGGUGAUAUUCUACUCCGCGUCCUGGAAGAGAAUCGGCAAUAAGAAGUGGCACCUCCCCAGCCUGGAAUCAAUCACUGGAAUAGAUGAGUCUAUACUCAUGAUGAACACAUUCCAAGAUGUAUCCGUCGCCGAGAAGAUGAAAUGGGCAGCGAAUCGGAAGACGACCAAGAAGGAGGACCUCGCCUACUGCAUGAUGGGCAUUUUUGAUGUCAGCAUGCCCUUACUGUACGGCGAGGGAGACAAAGCCUUCACACGACUUCAAGAGGAGAUUAUGCGAAACUCUGACGAUGUGACCAUAUUUCUGUGGAAGAGCACCAACGAGAACCCGAGCGCUUACAGAGGUGCUCUCGCCCGCCACCCAAUCGAGUUUGCGUUGUCAACGGCACCCAAGGCACCGAUGUGUGUCCUUGACGAGCCAUAUCGGAUGACCAAUAAAGGACUACAAAUAACAGUCGCGUUGACGGGAUUGGAUCGAGUGGCUUCAAAAGAUCUCAUCUUCCUCGCAGAAGAUCCUGAUCACAGUUCGCUUUUUCUUUUAUCCUUCGACCAGCGCGACACUCACCAGAGGGUCACAACUCAUCAUAUCGUUCUUCGAAAGAUUAAGGCGGCGAAACAACACUUCGUCAGGGCGUACCCUGGUUUUCAGUUCAUCGCCGCACGAAAACCUCUGGCUACGGAACCGAGAAGCAGUCGAACUGGAGAGGAGACCAUCAUGGUAGUCGGGCGGCUUUCUCUUUCUGAUGUCGACUGGGUCUUGCCCUGCAGGGGAUUCAACAUCACCGAGGUGAUGUACAAAACCACCAAAGUGGCGUACAUGCAUGAGGAAGGAUGCGGAAACAGAAUCGGUUCCGCGCGGGAGCUCGCACCCAAGUUCGAAAGCAAAUUAAUGAAGACCACUUCAAGCGCCGACAAAGGGGUACUUGAGGCCAUGUAUCACUCGAACUUCGUCGGAUGGCCGGGAAGGGAGAUUGAAUACAAAAUUCCAACUUCCCAGCACAUACUCUUGAGAUAUGAGCAGCAACACGGCAGGCUACACCUACUCAUAUUCUAUGACUUACGUACAGAAGUGUUUCAGACAGACGAUGUUGUGUCUAUUGAUACACUUCUGCAAGCGGUGCGCACACGGCGUUAUCCAUCUGAGCCGUCGUCUGAUGCCUCCGAAAAACUGGCCUUCUUUGCGGGCAUGGCGGACAUGAGGCGAAAGCCGGAAAUCUAUGGAGAUACGGCCACUUCGCAAGUCACCGCCAAGUUUAAGUGGACGAUUAGUGACGACAGUGUCUUUCUAAACGUAUACAUCGACCACGAGGCGAAGAGGAGGAAACCAUCCUCACCGCCCUACGCACGCCUCCAAUCCCCACCUCGCUGCCGACCUGUGUCCUUCCCUCCCAAGAAAAAGGGCAGGAAGCAGGAGAAACAGGUAUAA